AGUUUGGUUACGUCCUCCGUCUCGAGAGCCGCACGCCAAGUGGAUCCCAGCUCUCUGCCCCGGGUACAGCGGCAGAGACGAUGCCUCUGGAGAGGUGACCGCCGGCGGAUCCCGAAGCACAUUUCCCCAGCAAAUAUGGAACACAAAAAAAAACAACCUGACCACAAUUAGCUGCUCCAUCUCAUAAAACAUGGCGCGGAGGAGGCGGUGAGAGCUCAACAUAGAAGCGCUUUCCCGGGGAAGGAGGGAGAAGAGGGCGGACCACGGCGCUCCUCUUGUCUCGUAAGAGGAUAAAGAAAAAGGGAAAAUCAAGCUAUUUAUAAGCGGAGCGAUCGGACGAUCCACCCGGCGACACCAUGAGCGGCGGGCCGGAUGAGAGCUCGGUGCGCGUCGCCCUGAGGAUCCGUCCUCAGCUGGCCAAAGAGAAGAUCGAGGGCUGCCACAUCUGUACGUACGUGAUGCCCGGGGAGCCGCAGGUGUUCCUGGGUAAGGACAAGGCCUUCACCUACGACCACGUCUUUGACAUGGACAGCCGGCAGGAAAGCAUCUACACGCACUGCACCGAGAGUCUCAUCGAGGGCUGCUUGGAGGGAUACAACGCCACUAUCUUUGCAUACGGACAGACAGGUUCGGGAAAGACCUACACCAUGGGAACCGGCUUCGACGUCAACAUCGAGGAGGACGAGCUGGGUAUCAUUCCCCGGGCCAUCAACCACCUGUUCAGGGGGAUCGAGGAGCGCAGAGAGGCUGCCACCGAGCAGGGCCGGCCUGUUCCCGAGUUCAAGAUCAACGCACAGUUCCUGGAGUUGUACAACGAGGAGGUGCUGGACUUGUUCGACUCGACCCGAGACAUCGAGGCCAGGAGGCAGAGAUCCAACGUCAAGAUCCACGAGGACGCCAACGGAGGCAUCUACACCGUGGGGGUCACCACUCGCACCGUGACCUCUGAGGCUGAGAUGAUUCAGUGUCUGAAGCUGGGCGCUCUGUCUCGAACCACCGCCAGCACUCAGAUGAACGCACAGAGUUCGCGCUCCCACGCCAUCUUCACCAUCCACCUGUGCCAAGUUCGAGUGUGCUCUCCCAACAACGACGAGAACGUAACAGACAACCGUCUAUCCAACGACACAGAGAUCAACGAGUUCGAAACGCUGACGGCCAAGUUCCACUUUGUGGACCUGGCCGGUUCUGAGAGACUGAAGAGAACUGGAGCGACGGGAGACCGAGCUAAAGAGGGCAUCUCCAUCAACUGUGGGCUGCUUGCUUUGGGAAACGUCAUCAGCGCUCUGGGAGACAGGAGUAAGCGCUCCACUCACGUGCCUUACAGGGACUCCAAACUGACCCGGCUGUUGCAGGACUCACUGGGCGGCAACAGUCAAACGGUGAUGAUCGCCUGCAUCAGCCCGUCGGACCGGGACUUCAUGGAGACCUUGAACGCUCUGAAGUACGCCAACAGAGCCCGAAACAUCAAGAACAAGGUGAUGGUGAACCAGGACAAAGCCAGCCAGCAGAUCAGCGCCCUGAGGACGGAGAUAGCGCGACUGCAGAUGGAGCUGAUGGAGUACAAGACGGGGAAGCGCAUGGUGGGUGAAGAUGGCAUGGAGGGCAUCAACGACUUGGUCCACGAGAACUCCAUGCUGCAAACGGAGAACAACAACCUGAGGGUGAGAGUGAAGGCCAUGCAGGAGACCAUCGACGCCCAGAGAGCCAGACUCACGCAGAUCCUCAGUGACCAGGCCAACCAGGUGCUGGCCAAAGCAGGUGAAGGCAGUGAGGAGAUCGGGAACAUGAUUCAGAACUACAUCAAGGAAAUCGAGGAGCUCAGAGCUAAGCUUCUGGAAAGCGAGGCCGUGAAUGAGAAUCUGAGGAAGAGUUUGUCUCGGGCCUCGACGCACUCCUCGCUGUACGGCGGCUCCUUCUCCCAGAGCCACCUCGUCCCCGAGAAGGAGGCCAGCGACGUCAUCGAAAUGGCCAAGAAAAGCCUGGAGAAACUCAAGAGGAAGGAGAGGAAGAAGAAGAAGAGACUAAGGCGAUGUGAGGAGAAUCACCACCAAGAGGUUGAACACACCAGUGUUAUCAAAGAGGAAGGCCCAGACAACGACCACGAGCGAGGCAACGAGGAGGCAGAGGAGGGCAGCGACCACGAGGAAGGCGAGGAAGCAGAUGGAGAGGAGGAGGACUUUGACAUUGCGGGAGACGAGACCUCCGACGACUCCGACUCCGAAGAACUGGAGGAGAAAGAAAACGUCCAGGCCGACCUGGCCAACAUCACCUGCGAGAUCGCCAUCAAGCAGAAGCUGAUAGACGAGCUGGAGAACAGCCAGCGGCGUCUGCACACUCUCAAGCAGCAGUACGAACAGAAGCUGACGAUGCUGCACAACAAGAUCCGAGACACGCAGCUGGAGCGGGACAAGGUGCUGCAUAACAUGGGUUCAGUGGAGUCGGGUACAGAGGAGAAGGCGAAGAAGAUCAAAACGGAGUACGAGAGGAAGCUGAGCUCCAUGAACAAAGAGCUGCAGAAGCUCCAGUCAGCUCAGAAGCAGCACGCCCGCCUGCUGAAGAACCAGACGCAGUACGAGAAGCAGCUCAAGAAGCUCCAGCUGGACGUGACCGAGAUGAAGAAGACUAAGGUGGUGCUGAUGCGUCAGAUGAAGGAGCAGCAGGAGAGAAACAGAGCCUCAGAGUGCAGGAGGAACAGGGAGAUCGCCUCUCUGAAGAAAGACCAGCGCAGAGCCGAGCACCAAAUGAGGCAGAUGGAGGCCCAGAAAAGACAACAGGAGUUGAUUCUUCGCAGGAAGAACGAAGAGGUGACAGCCCUCAGGCGGCAGGUGAGGCCCGUGUCUGGGAAGGUGAGCAGGAAGGUGAGCUUUCCUGAGCCUCCCCAGGAGUCGUCUUAUAGAGCCCCCCAGGGAAGGACGCAGACAUCUGGAGCAUCCCCGGCCAAUGGAGCCAGGAGUUCCCCGGUGCGGAUGGGAAGUAUCUACCUCAACAGGACCGCCAGGGCCAAAUGGCAGUCACUGGAGAGACGUGUCACCGACAUCAUCAUGCAGAGGAUGACCAUCUCCAACAUGGAGACGGAUAUGAACAGGCUGCUGAAGCAACGGGAGGAGCUGACCCGGCGGAGGGAGCGAGUGUCCAGGAAGAGAGAAAAGGUGGCGGUGGACGGCGCGGACGCCGACCGCUCCCUGGCCUCAAUGAGCGAGGAGCUGGAGUCUCUGAGCGCCAACAUCGACUACAUAAACGACGGCAUCGCCGAGUGCCAGGCCAACAUCAUGCAGAUGGAGGAGGCCAAGGAGGAAGGAGACACGGUGGACGUCACCGCUGUGAUCAGCUCCUGUAGUUUAUCAGAAGCCCGCUUCCUUCUGGAUCAUUUCAUGAAUAUGGCCAUCAGUAAGGGUCUGCUGGCGGCCCAGAAGGAUUCCCAGAUGAAGGUGAUGGAGGGCACUUUGAAGCAGACAGAGAUCAACAGCGCCACCCAGAACCAGCUGCUCUUCCACAUGCUGAAGGAGAAGGCGGAGAUCAACCCGGAGCUCGACGCUCUGCUGGGCAGCGCUCUGCAAGAGUUAGGUUACCUCUCACCGGAGAAUGGAGAUGGCAGCAGCAGUGACGAGUCCACCACCAGUCCAGCUGCGGAGGGCAGCACACUGGCAUCAGAUCUAAUGAAGUUAUGUGGUGAAACCAGACCCAGAGGCAAGGCUCGCAGACGCACCACCACCCAGAUGGAGCUGCUGUAUGCCGGCAGUGGGGACCCGUCCUGCGAGUCCCCCACCGGAGACUUCUCGGCCCCUCUGCUGCCCCUCUCGGAGCGCCUGGAAGGGUCGGCAGACAUCCAGGGUCAAAUGCUUGCUCAAAUCCCUGACCGCCAGCAAACCGUUUCCCCAUCUGCGCUGUCUGCCAGGCCAGCUGGCAUUUGUGGAACCAGGUCACCCACAGGAACGGAGAGAAGGCCACCCGAGCGCUCGCCCCUCAGCCGAAGGAGGGUGCAGGAGAAAGGAGCCACGGCGACGCACAUCCCAGCACCCACACACACACCUCCGCUCAGCACGGCGGAGGCUAAAACUAAAGGCAGCGACCACAAACCGCUGUUGGAGGAGUCACCUGUAUUUGAAGGCCACAGAGGUGUGAUCAACCCUUUGAAGAGCAGCCGCGAGGCCAAACUUCAGUGUGUCUACGUAGCAGAGGGCCACACCAAACCUGUUCUCUGCGUGGAUGCCACAGAUGAUCUGCUCUUCACGGGAUCCAAAGACCGUACAUGUAAAGUCUGGAACUUGGUGACUGGUCAGGAGAUCAUGUCUCUGGCAGAUCAUCCCAGCAGUGUGGUCUCAGUCAGGUACACUUCAAGUCUCGUCUUCACCGUUUCCACUGCUUACAUCAAAGUGUGGGACAUACGAGACUCUGCCAAGUGUAUCCGCACGCUCACGUCGUCAGGCCAGGUGGGUUCAGGGGACAUCUGCUCGUCUGUCCGGAGUUUGUCCAUCCCACCAGGAGAGAGUCAGAUCAACCAGAUCGCCCUCAACUCCUCCGGCUCCUUCCUUUACGCCGCCGCUGGCAAUGCUGUGCGCAUGUGGGACAUCCGCAAAUUUGUAUCCACGGGGAAGCUCACUGGCCAUUUGGGACCUGUAAUGUGUCUGACCGUUGACAAAUUAGGUCACGGGCAGGAUGUCGUCCUCACUGGCUCCAAAGACCAUCACAUUAAAAUGUUCGAGGUGACAGAAGGUGCUCAGGGUAGCAUCAGCUCCAGCCAGACGUUCGAACCCGCCCAUCAGGACGGCGUGGAGUCUCUGGCCGUGCACGGGGAUGUAUUCUACAGCGGCUCCAGAGACUAUCGCAUCAAGAAGUGGGACCUCGGCAGUAAACGGCUGCUUCAGCAGUCUGUCAGUGCCCAGGCGGACUGGGUGAGCGCUCUGGGCGUGAUGCCAGGCCAGUGGCCGGGCUCCCCGGUGCUCCUCAGCGGAUGCAGAGGAGGGCUGCUGCGCCUCUGGCACGCCGACUCGCUGGCGCCCCUCGGUGAGGUCCGGGGACACGACAGUCCCAUCAACGGCCUGGCCACCAACGGCAGCCAACUGUUCACCGCCUCAGAUGACCGCACAGUGAAGAUUUGGGAGGCCAAAGGUUCUCUGGAGGAAGGAGUCCACUGACGCCUGCUUCCGGAUCUGAAAUGGAGGACCGUCUACUGGCCUACAUGACUUGACGAAGUGUCAGAUGGGAGCCCAAAGCCUGGGUCCCACUGAAGAAGAAUCCUUAAACAACACUGAAUCCUUCACUGACGCUCCACUGGGGAUCAGUUUCAGGGAAGCCUAAUUAGAUGCGACAGCUCUCGGUCUUUCAAGCUGUGCUGAUAUUUAAGGUCAAGACGAAUCCAAAGUGGAGCCUCUCGAGUCUCCUGUAGAGCUCUGCUGACUGCACGACAGCUGCGAUGGACAGCCUCUUGAAGUGCAGAAUCAAAGUACAAAUAUGGACUUCUGUCUCAGUCGAUCCAGGAGUCUCUCCUGUGCUUUCAACAUUCCUCUCGUCAGUUCAGCGCUUGACAACAUUGAUACCUUCUAUGCAUGGCCUGUAGUGACUUUUACCCAAGCUGCUGGUGAAGGGCUUUGCUUCCUUGCACCAAUUGUUGAUUGCUGAAUGAGUCUGUGUCCCAAAACAAGACAUGGAUCUCUCUCCUGCUCACCAGCAAUAACUGUGAGUCCAUCCUGUGUGUUCACAUUAAUGCGUGAUGUGUUGUGUCAUUUCUCUCCAGGUCAUUUUGGGUCUGUCUGUGUGUGUGUGUGUGUGUGUGUGUGUCUGUGUGUGUGUUCACUGUAAGCAAGGACCAAAUAACUACUGAAACUGCGUAUGGUCUUAUUCUUCAGCUGUUACUGCCAAACCUUACAGUGCGGAGGUUUUUCAGAAUGGGAGGCGGGCCUCCCCGGGGUGGUUACAAACUGUUUGAGGGGAGGCUCAGUGGAUGGAAGUGAAAAUAUAUUACACUAGUUAUUAGGUCAGUUAUCAAAAGAAGAUCACAUAGAAUAGCCUAAAUAUGUGUGAUUUGGUUUAGGAGAUAGUUCAGAGAGAAGCUACAGUAGUCACAAGAGCUAAUAAAUGCCUUAGGACAGACCUUUUUAAUGCGUUUGGUGUAGUCUGCAGUUAUGUCUAACUACCUGGCCUCAAUCGUUAAGUGUCUAUCUGUAUCUAUGGGAUCAAAUAAUAUCAAAAUAGGCAUCCAGCAAUUGAGCGAAACAAAAAAAGUAAACCAGGAGAGGAGCCUUUGUCCAAGCUUUGUCUGAGGGGAGGCCCACAGUCUCGGACUUCCUGAUCUAGUGGAACAUGAAAGCCCUCUGAAUAAACAUUGACAGGCUCCUUUCACAUUUCCCCUUCAAAUUUCAGUAUUUUGUUCUUGUGUUUCAGUCAGUGUUCAUUAAAUCAACUGCUGACCAACAUUAUGUCUCUAUAAAAAAUGUGUGGUACAAUGUAUUCUGCUUUGCUCUGUUUAAUUCGGUUGAAGUGAAGACUAUAGUGUAGGCUAAACAGUAAGAGCUUUCUCUCUUCUCGGGCCGUAGGGGUGCCGCCGGUCUUCCCCUAAAUCGGUUGACUUAGCUCUGGAGUCACGAAUAUGAGGUCAGUGAGGCUGGAAGAUGAAGACACACAACACACUUUUGAAAGCUUGCUGUUCGGUAGUGUCUUCUUAGUCGUACAGCUCUUCCAAAGAUUGAUUUUUAUUUAGUUUUGUUUCCCUCCAAAGGGUUUUGCUGUGAAGGUUUUUUUUUUGUCCCAUGGCCAGAUUGAGUGAGAAGACGAGGCCGGAGGGUCCUGUGAUGUGUGCUACCCGUGACUUCCUGUAUCUACCAAAUGCAUUCAUUACUUGUAACUGCAAAAAAAACAGUGCACCUUCAACAUUAGUGCAGAGUUUACCUUUUGUUUCCGAGUAUAUUUUAUGGAACUGGGACACACUUCUUCCUAGUAACGAACAAAGGUUUUCUCACCUUUUCAUCGCACAAAGCCAUCACUGCUGAGUGAAUGUGCAGCUUAGUGCAGCAUCUAUAUGUUCCGAUCACACAUUGAGACAUGCACGUAAACGCAUCAAACAUCAUUCAAUCUUUUAAAUGUGAGUCUAAAAUACUGCUAUUUAUUUAUUGUGAUUUGAUUUGUGAUGUUGCUGUUGUGUCUUCCUUUAUCAAUCAGAGAUUUCUCACCAGUUACCGUCUAAUGCCUCUCCUAUCUUAGCACUGCGCGCAACAGAAGCGGUGGAUUUCUGCAUAAUCAGAGGUGUAUUGCCAGUGCCUGCAGCAAAUUCUAAACUGUGGAUAGCGACUGUAGAAUCACUACAUGAUAUCCCUUAUUAAAAAUAUCCUUUAAAUCUAUUGAAAAACACUUCUUGCUCUGGUUCGGGUAUUGUAUGUUCGCAAUGAAAAGUCAAUGGGACUCAAAUAAUUGCACAGAAUAGAAUACAUGUUUGUUUUGCAAUUUUAAAUCAGUAUUUCCCCAUUGUCUCACAACAUAGUUAAAUACACGGCUAAGUGAAAUAGAUUAGUUACAGAAACUGGUUUUCAUUCCUAUUGAUUUAACCCUGAAUUGCUAAAUUAAGAGAUAAAAAAAAAAAAAACUACGAGCCACAAGUUUUCAUAAUGAAUCAGAUAAGGCUGCUUAAAAGUGUUCUUUGUAAUUAAUCAUCCUUCUGGUUGUAGUUGAGAUUUGACUGUAAACGUACUUGUGUAAAUACCAUAGACUGUAUAAAACAGGGUUAGAUUAGAAUAAAGUAAAUACAACUGUUUUCUUCCUGCUGAUUCUCUUGGGCACAAUUUGAAAUGAUUAAAUAUCAGGUGCAGUGUGAAAAUAAAUUUUGAAAUGGAU